AAAGUUCAGAACCAGCGCAGAGUCAGUCUUUCGUCAACCGCGCGCGAGUCAACACACACUUCCUGGACGUUCUGAGCGUGGUUCGAAGAAAUCGUUGAGUUCUAUAUUUAAAACGAUCAUUUAUAACUGCUAUCAGCUGAAAGUUACUUCCUUGUGGUUAAUUCCAUUGAGCAGGUUAACAGGACAGUGAUUAAACUUGAGUUUGAGUCCAAUUCAUCCCGUUUUCUACGUUUUAAGUUCUGACCCAGAAGAAAGUGCAAGUGCAAGUGGAAGUGUGUUAAAUGAGAUAACGAAAGAGGUGCUAGGAAGAUACGACUUUUUUUUAUAGUUCUUUGGAAUAGAAAUCGUUACCACACGCUGAGCUGACGGAUCGAGUAGUGCCAAAGAGCACAAAGAUGCAGCAGAGAAGGAUUAUUUUUGGUGCAUUUUUCAUCUUCACUAUCGCUGGACUCGCCUACAUCACCCAUGCCUGCGAACUAGACCAAACCCAGCACGGCUGCCGGAUAGACAACGGCCAGUGCACGUGCGCCUUCGGCUGCAAAUCGGAGUUCCGGUACGCUACGCGGAAGGAAUGCCAGGAUGCUCUAAAGGGCCGUUCGAAUGACGUAUGCAGCAGGCAACCCUGCAUGAACGGGGGCCACUGCAGUCAAGUUAGUACCGUGCAACAGUACAAAUGCCGCUGCGAGGGUACCGGAUAUUGGGGACAACGGUGCCAACGAUUGUGCCCAAAACCGGAACAGGUGACCGCCGGCACGCAGUACCCGCCGGAAUGUGUCAUCAUCUAAGAGACCAGAUUAAUCCCACUCGUCACGUUCUAAUCUGUAUUCAACUUAACCCGUCGAUCACAAAUAGCACCACGCACGCAGAUCUGGCUUCUUUCCCCCUUUUGGUGGAAGUCUUACAGAGAGACCGCGAACCGCCCCCGCACACACAGCUGUAGCAGCCAGACUUGGUAGAGCUGAUAAGACCAUUCCCUGGUGAAAGGUUACUGCAACAUAACAUUUCAAGCUAUCCCCCGUUUUGUCGUCGGAGCAUUUGCUUCCCGGUAUAUGCCAUAGUUAUUAUAAAAUACUGAUAAGGUUACAAUAGUAACGUCUCUCUGUCUGAGAUUCUGAUUAAAACAGUUGCAAGAACCUAACCUAGUGCCGUUUAGAUUAGAGAAUUAUAUAAUUUGUAAUGAUUUUGAAAGCAUGUAAAUAAAGGACCUGUGUCGUAAA